GUUCGGCAGUCGUUCAUAUCGGAUCCUCGACAACGCGUGCUCCUCACACGAACCAACUCGGCCGAAAAAGAGAAACACAGUCAACACGCACACGAGUACGAAGAGCGCAGAGCAGGGCCUCGACGCUCAUCAGCAGGAAACCACAGCCUCCCCAUGUUCAUAGCCCGCGCACAUCAACAGCCAUCCCAUCAGGUGGCUUAUGCGUCGGCAGAUGAAAGGCCCUCUCGUUCCGACGACAUGUACGAGCCUGCCUCUGCUUCACGCCGACAGGUUCGGCAGUCGUUCAUAUCGGAUCCUCGACAACGCGUGCUCCUCACACGAACCAACUCGGCCGAAAAAGAGAAACACAGUCAACACGCACACGAGUACGAAGAGCGCAGAGCAGGGCCUCGACGCUCAUCAGCAGGAAACCACAGCCUCCCCAUGUUCAUAGCCCGAGCACAUCAACAGCCAUCCCAUCAGGUGGCUUAUGCGUCGGCAGAUGAAAGGCCGUCUCGUUCCGACGACAUGUACGAGCCUGCCUCUGCUUCACGCCGACAGGUUCGGCAGUCGUUCAUAUCGGAUCCUCGACAACGCGUGCUCCUCACACGAACCAACUCGGCCGAAAAAGAGAAACACAGUCAACACGCACACGAGUACGAAGAGCGCAGAGCAGGGCCUCGACGCUCAUCAGCAGGAAACCACAGCCUCCCCAUGUUCAUAGCCCGCGCACACCAUCACCCAGCACGUCGGGACACAGACACGUCCUAUGAAGAAACAGGCUCACUCCGAAAUGAGGACCUUGAGCCUGCCUCUGCUUCACGCCGACAGGUUCGGCAGUCGUUCAUAUCGGAUCCUCGACAACGCGUGCUCCUCACACGAACCAACUCGGCCGAAAAAGAGAAACACAGUCAACACGCACACGAGUACGAAGAGCGCAGAGCAGGGCCUCGACGCUCAUCAGCAGGAAACCACAGCCUCCCCAUGUUCAUAGCCCGCGCACACCAUCACCCAGCACGUCGGGACACAGACACGUCCUAUGAAGAAACAGGCUCACUCCGAAAUGAGGACCUUGAGCCUGCCUCUGCUUCACGCCGACAG